GCAGCGGGCUACGGGGAGGGAGCCGCUUUUUAAGGAAUGCUGUCGGCUGGAAUCACUGCUGGGAGAAAACUGGAUCAGAGACAAGAUGAAGGGAAUUAAACUGAAGGACCGAGCUAUGACAAUGCGGAAACGGCCGGCUCAGACACCAGCUUUCUCGCCCCCUGUCACUAGACGUCGGUAGCCGCCCGCCCGGCUCGCCAAGCCGUCCUUCAAAAAUCUCUGUUUGGAAGUCACUGAUUUUAAAAGCUCAACUAAAGACAUUCAGGAUCAUUUAAUGUCCCUCACUGACCUACAGCGCUAACCUGUUUGUCCUCCGCUGUGAAUCUGAGCGCUGGAAUCAAGCUAGCAUCACCUGGAGUCGGAUGGAGCAGCGGCUCUCACAGCAUCACCGCCCGAGAAUCCUUCCAGCCGCACCGCAGCGCCGCUCAUUAACCGCCGAGCAGCGGCUUUAAGAUGAUCGGACGCAUCUCUCCCCUCGCUCGCCGAGGCGCUGCACCUACAUGUCAUAGAUGCCAAAUAAUGUUAUGACAGUCCGGAGCGUUCAGCAUGCAAAUGGUUGGCCGUUUGCCUCCAUCCCUGCGAAUCGCACGGGCACAGGGGGUUCACAACAAACAGCGCCGCGGCGGACGCACCGUUGCCGGGUAGCGUUCAGAGACUUGACGUGAGCUCUAAAUAAAAAAAAAAACAAACAAUACCAAUGGUAUCCCAAAAGAUUUUGGUGGCAACAAUUCUGCUGAACGUGUACAUUGGGCUGCAGUCUGUGUUUUAUCUGUUCGGCGUCCUUUUAGCGCUCCUGCUCGCCAUGGCGUUUCUAAACGGACCCAGGCUGCUGGACUGGGCCAGCUCCCCGCCACAUCUUCAGUUCAAUAAAUACGUCCUGACAGGAUACCGGCCCAUCUCCUCCGUGCAGGACUGCAUCAGAAGCCUGUUUUACCUCCACAAUGAACUUGGAAACAUUUACACACACGGCAUCCCUUUGGUUUGCUUCCUGGUGCUGCUGCCGCUCAACAUCCCCUGGUCUCAGAUCAGCGUCACCUGGCUGGGCGUGGUGCACUUCCUGGCCUGCCUGUCGCCCCAGCUGGGCUCCGUGGUCUACCACCUGUUUAUGAACCACGAGGGAGGGGAGCCCGUCUACCACACCCUCCUGAAGCUGGACGUCUGUGGAAUCUGCAUGAUCAACACGCUGGGUGCGCUCCCUAUCGUCUACAUCACGCUGUGGUGCUACCCCUUCAUCCGCACAGUGUCUCUACUCGUCUACAUCCUGCUCUCCACUCACGCCAUCUACUGUGCCGUCACGGCUCGGAGCAGCGUGCGCCGGCUGCGCUCCUUCGCCUGGCAGGCCGUGUUUCGCUUCUCCUUCUUCCUGCUCCGCUGGGUGGGCGUUGGUGGCGGCAGCCCCACCUCGCUUCGCCACUUCCUCAUGAUGGACGCGUUGGCCGUGCUGGGCGGGGUCAUCAACAUCACUCGCAUACCGGAGCGUUUCCGGCCUGGGCUCUUCGACUACUGGUGCAACAGCCACCAGAUCAUGCAUGUACUGGUGGUUGGCUCCAUUCUUUACCUGCACUGGGGCGUCCUGGACGACCUGCUGUGGAUCAACAGCUACAACUGUCCCUCCAACUGACCCACACCACAGCCCCCGGUCCCUGAUCAGGAGCUCUGGGACAGGAAGCUGAAGGACCUCUGGAGGGACUGGGGGUCUCUGCAUGUGUUAAACUCUUUAUAUCUUCAUCCAUCCUAGAACUUUCUGCAAAGGCGGAUAAAUGAAACAAGACGCACAGAAAUGUGGACAAAGCCACUCCCACUCCAGCCACAGAGAAGUGGAAACAUAUAAACAGUAAAGUUAUUAACUGAGUAUUCACUCAUGAACAUUUCUGUGCAAAAGUUUUUUAUUGUCCCUCAUUAAAAACAUUUUUUAAUGUUUCGCCUCCAACCAGUCAGACUCUUUCUUUGGAUUUGUUUUUGCUUCUCCUCUUCACUGCUGAUCUUUAAAGGAUUAAAGGGAAAUCUGACUGGCUGGAUAAAAAUAAUAAAGAACUGAGGGAUGAUUUCAAACUUUUCCACAGUCCUAAAGUUGGUGAUGAUGUUUUAAACGAUAUCUGGUGGAUGCUCUCAGAUGUCACGGUUGCUACCUAUGCAGCACAUUCAUAUCUUGAACCCAUCCACAUCACAGCACGCAGUCGGACUCCCUCUCACGUCCAUUUUUCUGCUAAACGUUUAUGUUGGAGUCGCUGCGUGAAGCAGCAAAGGAUCACAGCUUCUCCAUAUCCUGGUUCUCUGCUGCCGGAGUCAUCCCAGAGGAAAAACACGGGUGAGGGGUUCAUUCCUGAGUCUACUUCACACUACCCAACCGCCGAGCAGUGUUAAACACUCAUCUUCAACGGAUCUCAGUGCCAUUUCAUUCAGGCAUUAUUAAUGAAAAAUAAAUAGUUUACUAAUUGUGUUUUUGGGCCAAUUUUAAACCUGAGACUGAGUAAAGUUUGAACCUUUUCCACUUCCUCUUGAUUCAGAACAACUUUUGCAUCCUUUAGAAUACUUAAAGCACUGCUUUCAUUCACGAAGGUCUGUAGAUAUCAGUGCCUUGCAAAAGUGUGAAUUUUUCUUAUUUGAUCACAUCACUGCCAUAGACCUAAGUUUAACCUAGCUAGAGUUAAUAAUUCAAAGGAAUACAAACAUUUAUUUUUCAAAAUGUUUUAAGAUUACACCAUUCUGUUGCAUAUUUCAUUAUUCAGCUCCUUUCACCAUUAGUUUGUUCUGUCCUUAUGCGCUCUAAACCUCUCCACCCUGAGCAUGUGCAGUGUAUUAGGGCUGCGACUAAAGAUUAUUUUGUAAAUCGAUUAAUCUGUCGAAUAUUUUUUUGAUUAAUUGACUAAUAAUCAGUCAGUCAAAGAUCCUUACAGAAGACUUUUUACGAAUUAAAAACAGGUUGAACUCAAACUUUUCCACUUUAGGAGUUCUAGUUAGAGCAUACUGACAGAUAAAAAAACAUUUUUUUAA